UUCAGACCUCCACUGGGUCGAAUUAAACAUGGCUUUUUGUAACUCGAAGCAGGAUAAUCAACAAAAUGGAGGUGAAAAAGCCGACAAAACGGCCGGAAAUAAGCAAACUAUAACGCUUCAAACAACGACACCACCGUCAUCUCCAAAGGAGGAAGCGCAGAAGACGAACGAUGGCAAGGUUUUUGUAGCGCUGUACGAUUAUGAGGCGAGAAUCAACGAAGAUUUGUCGUUUCAGAAGGGAGACUUUUUGGAAGUUGAACCGGAGAACUGUGAGUUUGACUGGUGUAUCGCAAAGUCUCGUUCGACAGGAAAAUCUGGCUAUAUUCCGAGGAACUAUGUUGCAGUUAAGACUCUGGAGGCAGAAGAUUGGUACUUUGGAAAGAUUAGCAGAAAGGAAACGUUGAAAUUGCUCAUCCAUAAUGAUCACGGAUCUUUUCUCAUCCGAGAGAGCGAGAACCCACCCAAUACCUACGCUUUGUCCAUUCGAGAUACGGCAGGCUCGCCGACAACCCCCGUGAGACAUUAUAAAAUAAAGAGGCUGGAUUCCGGCGGAUAUUUCAUUUCCAAGAACCGUGAUUUUGAAAGCCUUCAGAACUUGGUUAAGUUCUAUCUUGCAAAUCCUGGGGGUUUGUGUUGUAGACUUGGAAAACCUUGUAAAAAGAUCGAUGUGCCUCAAACAGUUGGCAUAUCUCACGACAUGGCAGACAAAUGGGAGAUUGAUAGAAACGCUUUAACCUUCAAAUCAAAGCUUGGUGCAGGUAACUUUGGUGAAGUGUGGGAGGGCCUUUGGAACAAGACAACAAAAGUUGCAAUUAAGACACUGAAAGAAGGAACGAUGGAGCCAGCGAAGUUCUUGCGAGAGGCCGAAAUUAUGAAGAAAUUGAUUCAUCCACGUUUGGUUCAACUGUACGCGGUGUGCUCUAGAGAGGAACCAAUAUUUAUCGUGACAGAGUUGAUGGAAAAUGGUAGUCUUUUAGUUUACCUUAGGGGACCAAGUGGAAAACUUUUGAAGAUGACGAAGUUGAUAGACAUUGCAACUCAGGUGGGAUUUAAUACGCUCUCUGUAUUAACAUUUAACGUUAUUCUAAAAAUAAAAGAUGGUCCUCAUACUUGA